AUGGCAGCAUCGCUUCUACUACCCUGGGCUGCUGUGGCUCUCCUGAGCUACCUUGUUUACCAAUACUUGAACGAGAGACGCCGCCUCCCCCUGCCACCAGGUCCCAAACCGCUCCCCAUUGUUGGCAAUGUGAACGACUUUCCUCCCAUCGAUAUGGCCGAGCACCAGCACUGGGCCAAGCACAAGGACCUCUAUGGCCCUAUCAGCUCGGUGACCGUGCUCGGCAAGACUCUCAUUCUCAUCAAUGACCAGCAGAUGGCCCAUGACCUCCUCGAAAAGUUCGCCAGCAAGACCUCCGGUCGGCCGAGCAUGGUCUUUGCCAACGAGUUCUGCGGCUACGACAAGACAGUCAUCAGCCAGGGCAACACCGAGGUCUUCCGCAGGUACCGCAAGCUCAUGCACCGAGAACUCGGCACCAAGGCUGCGGCAGCACACUAUUAUCAGGCCCAGGAGCUCGAGGUGAACCGACAGCUCGUGCGCACGCUGCACGAGCCGGAGAAGUGGCUACAGCACUUCAAGACCACGACUGCGGCAACCAUCUUGAAGAUGGCCUAUGGCUACAUUGUUGAGCCGCACGAGCCCGACGUGCUCGUCAGUCUCGUCGACAAGAUGACCACAGAGUUCUCCUUGGCGACUGUGCCCAUGGCCUGGCCGCGCCAGAUGGACGCCGAUUCGCAAAGGCCUUCGUACGUGUCGAAGCUCGUGCAACAGUGCAAGAACAACGACACGAGCACCCUGCGCCAAGACGACGAGGAGGCCAUCCUGUGGUCGGCCGCGAGUCUCUACGGCGGCGCCGCAGACACCACCGUCAUCAGCCUGACGGCCUUCACCCUGGCCAUGGCCAAGUUCCCCGACAUUCAACGCAAAGCCCAGGAAGAAAUCGACCGUGUCAUAGGCACCGAUCGUCUUCCCAGCUUUGACGACCGGGACAGGCUUCCCUACAUCAACGCAGUCAUCAAAGAGACGCUGAGAUGGUGGCCCAUUGCCCCCAUGGGAUUCCCCCACACGGCCAACGAGGAGCUCGAGUACAACGGGUACCGCAUCCCCAAGAACGCCAUCCUCCUGCCGGCUGUGUGGGGGUUCCUCCAUGACCCGAACGUCUACCGGGAACCGCACUCGUUUGAGCCCGAGCGCUUUCUGAGCCCGCGAGACGAGCCAGACCCCACGUCCGACGUCUUUGGGUACGGUCGCAGAAUAUGCCCUGGCCGGUUCAUCGCCGACUCGGGUGUCUUCAUCAACGUCGUCCAGUCCCUGGCGGCGUUUGACGUGAGCGCCGCCACAGACUCUGCGGGGGAGUCCGUAGGUAUUGACGCCAAGCCGAUGCCGGGCAUCCUGUGCUACCCUGCCGAGUUCCCCUUCAAGAUCACGCCGAGGAGCGCUGCGCAUGUGGAUCUUAUUCGGCGAGCGGAGAAGGAACACCCUUGGGAGGCGAGCGAUGCGCCUCUUCUCGAGACCUGAUCAUGUCAUCAUGUCAGGAUGCGUCAGCUGCAGCAGAACGAGCUACAAUAAUGGACACAGUAUGACCAAAGACUGAUUUACCAGUACUAUCUCUCUCUAGCUAGCUUGUGAAUGGACGUUGAGGUCUGGCUUGGGCCCCGAUGCACAAACCACGCUUCUUGUCAAUGACGUUGCGAUU